AUGCGUUUUAUCGUAUAUGGGGUUGAAAAUGCAACAAAACCCAUUCUCCUGUUGACUCUCUUGAAGUUGACGGUGUGGGGCACUUGGGGUCCCAUCGUGGAGUCCGCCCUGGUCGCCUUCCCUGGCUGGGGCCCGAACACCGCCGCCUCCUUCAGCAACUGGCCUCCCCUCAUUCAACUCCUGUUCAUGCUUCCUUUGGGCAGCUUUGCACAACGAAUAGGGCUGCGCAAAGGGACACUUUUCAGCAUCGGUCUUACGUCAGCGAGUACGAUCAUACGUUGCUUCCCGGUCGAUGAUCUUACGUUCACUAUACUCUGCCAUAUUGGAAAUAUCGUGAUGGGAGUGGCUUUCUGCACCCUCCUGCCCCAGGUUGGCGCUGUCGUCUCCACCUGGUUCUCUCCUGAUGAACGUACAACAGCAAUAGCUGUCGCCUAUUUGUUGAAUCAGCUUGGAGGAGUAACUAUGUACUUAAGCCCACUCGUGGUGAGGGCGCCCGGGGAUAACGUCCUGCAGGAGGACAUCCGCAAAGACAUCACGGUUCUUAUGUAUAUCCGUGAGUAA